AUGUCAAAAACAUUACUUGGAGAUUUUUGGAAAAACAAAUCUUUAGCUAAAGGGUUAUCUUUGAAACAACCUGAAUCUACGGGUAACUGGAAAGACAUUGAAAUUUAUAAGCCAAGUAGUACGACAUUAAAUGUUGGAGAAUAUGAUAAACUAUUUAAACGAAUUCGUAAUGGUUUCGUAUUACAACAACUUCAGGAAUAUGUUAAAAAUCAUAAUGGCACAGUAGUUGAGCAACAUGUAAAAGGCACAAAAAGCAUAUUGAUUAAGCAUAUUAUCAAUAAUAUAUGGAAAAUAUCAACGUUUUCAAAUGAAAAGGGUGAAUCCUUGAAGUGGUUAGAAACCCAGACAAAUGUGAAAAUUGGCAUCGAUCUUAACACAUUUUCAUAUAAAAUUUCAGGACUUGAAAAAGACAUCCGUAAAGUCAAAGAGAUUAUUGCAAAAUUAACUUCAUAUACAUCAAUUACUGUCGAUCUCCCACCCAAUGUCAUGGAUGAAGAUAAAACUUUACAAGAAAUGAUGCCUUAUAUACAAGAUAUCUGUAGAUCAUCUGGAUCAUUUAUUGAACUUGGUCAGAAGAAUCAG